AUGCCCUGGCGGCCACUGCCUCGCAUUGCUUUUGCGGUGGCUAUCUACCCAUUCCACCCUUCCUCCCCCGCAGACUUACCUCUCGAACUUGGUGAUGAAUUGUACAUUAUUGAACAAGGGGGUUGUAAUGGCGAGUGGUGCAGGGGCUACCUGGUAGCGCCACCGUCAUUAUUGGCGGGAUUGACGAGCACCAAGGGCCAAACUCUUGAGGCUCGUGUUUUCUCCGGAAUCUUUCCGCGGAAUUGUGUCGAGAUCCGCGAAAUGCUGGGUGAAUCAGAUGGGUACAAAUCUAUGGUGAAUGGCGAUCGCAAAAGUAUCGACUAUUCAACCCUGCCCAGUUUAGAUACAGACAUUCAAACUCGAAGCAGCAAGGCAAAUUCACCCGUGAAUCAGACUCAACAUGGUGUUGAGAUGACAGGUGUAGCGGGUGUGGUUAUCGCGAGUAAGGGCAAACCGACACAAAUUAUCAUUCCCAAGACCGAAGAUUUGGAUCUUAACAGUCCCCGAUCCGCUCACGCAUUCCUACCCGGUUCGAUUCCUCAUACUCCUAUUUCCUUCACUCCCCGUGAUCCCGAUAUGCCCAAGCCUGCCGCACCUGUGCCUAUGCUUAAAAUCGGAGACGAAACGCCAACGUCUAUUUCGGAGCCUCUUGUUGACGAGAUCGCCUCAUGCCUGCGUGAAUGGCACUCGACUAAUUUACACGAAUUACUGUUGGCCCAGCAAUACGACGUUCUGGAGGAAAUGUCUACAAUUGUACAGGAAUUGGACUUUUCACGGCGCCAAUUGCUGCAUAAUGUGUUGACUGGCAAGGAAAAAGAGCUUCUCCGAGAUGAAACAGUCUGGAAACUGGUCAGGGCCAACAAAAUGCUCAGUGGAGAUGUCAUUGUGCGGGAUCCUGAUCAGAGAGGACGGUUGCUAACUGGUGAUGACUCUGCUGUCCAAUUGGCAAAGCUACAGUCUGAGAUGAGCAUGCUCGACAGUCGUCCAAUCGUCAGCUCUGAUACUACAACCUUGCAUCAUCUAUUGAUGGAAAUUCACGCGGUUUCAGGCAAUAUUCCCGGUCCUGUGUCUCUUGGAGUGCAGCUCUAUUCUCGGUCUGAUACCGGUUCUUUCAGUCCACUGUCCGAAACCUUCGCCUUGGACAUUCCGUCUCCUCACAAAUUUGUCAGCUUAACUCAGAGUAAUAAGCUGAAAACACUGUUCACGGAACUCGCCGCAACUGAUAUUGGGGAUGGAAGUGCGAACGGGCGUCAACUUUACAUGGUCACUUCAGUACGAGUCCAGGAAUCACGUUCUAGCUCCGACAAUAUAUCGACUCCACGGCCGUCAAUAUCGAGAGAGAUACCGACAUCACCUAAGGUGAAUUCAGCUGGAGGUAUUCAGCCCUCGGUGAAGGGGAGUUUGAAGUCACGACGUAGUAUGAUGUGGACUACGAAGGGUCGACCUAGCUUGGAUGGAGGAUCAACCAACGGAACAUCGACUCGAGGGCUUCCGCAGUCAGCAAGUUCCACUUCCAUUGUUAAGGAGCCGACCAGUCCCAAGCCUGCAUCCAAUAAGGAGAUUUUGGUGUCUCGUACCGUAGGUGUUGGAAUCCUGGAGUUGUCGGCCGUUUUAAAACAAGAUCAGGAUACUGAGCAGAUCGUUAAUGUCUGGUCACCAACACGAGAGGGUGAAGAGGGUGAAGUAACGACAGAUGGCUUCGAGAAAUUACUUCAAAUGCUUCUUCCAAGCCAUAAUGGACGGUACGUGCGCUCUGCAUCAGCCGCACGUUUGCAUGUCCACCUGCAUCCGUUUGUCAGUACAGACGCUGAAAUCCUUGUGCGCCGCAAUCCUACCAUGCUGCAUGAUGUUGUCCAGACUAGACGCCUUGGAUUCUCUAAAGCGCCUGCUAAGGAGAGAUCUGACAUUUAUGUCACUCUAUCUCAGGCUGUGUUUCCUACAGAUGCGCUGCUCUCACAUCCAUCUGCUGGUCAAAUUCCUCUCCAGACCCACAAUGGAUUGCAUAAUCUUCAACUUACCUUAGAGGUGCGAAAUUCCUCGGGUGCACGCUUGGAACGCUGUGUGUUCCCAUCAUCUGCCAACGUAUCGCAGACUGCUUGGCGUACUACCAUCACAUCUCGAGGCAUGCCUUGGAAUCAGACCAUUCGGCUCAAAAUUCCCACUGACCAGAUUCCGGGCUGUCACCUAAUUAUGAGUGUCGCAGAUGCUCCCGAAUUUCCCUUCGCCUUGGCGUGGAUGCCCCUUUGGGACCAAAAGGCAUUCAUCCGAGAUGGUCCCCAUUCGUUGCUGCUCCAUGCAUAUGACAAGCAGACUUCCACUAUUGAGGGAGGAAAGGGUCUCUACCUUAGCCUCCCUUGGAGUGCACUUGGCAAAAAUGAAUCGGCCAAGGAUGAAGCAUUGACUGGGCCGCUGGCAACCCUGCGCCUCGAGACUCAUCUAUGCAGCACCGAAUAUUCUCAAGAUCAGGUCAUCUUGAGUCUACUUCAUUGGAAAGAACGGCCAGUUGACGAGGUUCUCAAUACUCUGCAACGAAUGCUCUUCGUUCCUGAGAUCGAGAUUGUCAAACAGGUUCGUGGCGUUUUUGACGCACUGUUCGGAAUCUUGGUGGAUAAUGCAGGCAAUGAGGAGUACGAAGAUUUAAUAUUUAACAACCUGGUCACAGUUCUGGGAAUUGUCCAUGACCGACGAUUCAAUCUUGGUCCUCUUGUCGACCGCUAUGCUGAUGAGCAAUUCGACUUCCCUUUUGCCACUCCAUGCCUCAUUCGCAGCUACCUGCGUCUGUUAGGUGCCUCCACCGACCCGAAGCAGUCUCGUAACCUUCGUGCUGCAUUCAAGGUAGGACGUCAAAUUCUCAAAUUCAUUAUCAAUGCCCGCGGGCAACAACAGGCGAAGGAAGAAGGCAUUGGGAUAACCACAGUCCAAUCCACUUUUAAUCGAGAUUUGCAUACAAUUUUCAAAUCUAUGGAGACUUUGAUGAAAAUUCCUUCACCAACCCUGGUGGGAAGCAAGACCUUGAUUGUCCAGCACUUUCACUCUUGGCUGCCCGAGCUUACCAAGGUUUUGAGCCAAGAUGAAAUGAUUAUGAUUGCUCUGAGUUUUAUGGAUUCAUGCAAGGAUGUGACAGGAAUGCUAGUGCUGUACAAGUUGGUGCUGAUCCAGAACUAUACCCAGCUCGCCAUAUUCUCGACCGGCGAAGAGCGAAAAACCCUCAUUUCCAGUUGCGUGGGUUGGCUGACACCAUACUGGGGUUCUACAUCUGAUGUCUCUGAUCAAUACCGCGAUCAGGUUCGACUCAGUAAUGCGAUCGUCGCCCAACUCCUCGAUCAACCAUACCCGCAGCUUUAUGAAUUUAUGCCAAGCGUUGUGGCUUCGUACUGUGCCAUCUCAAGAGAAGGUGUGGAGGAGAGUGAAUAUUUGUCUCUCCUCUUCAGCAAGUCCUUCCCCUUCCAGAUGAAGACAUCGAAGACUCCUCAAAAGUUCGACGAGGCGCUGGUGGAACUAUCUGCCAUUAUUGCUGCUUUGGCAAAGAUUGUUUCCCCGAAGAUUCCCAAUUUGAAGGAGCUGGAGCUGGCUACAUUUGUAAUGCAAGCGUUCGAGACCCACAAUUCCAUCAUCGAUUGCGAGGCGUACUCAGAGUCAUGGUUUAGCAUACACGUUUACAACCAUCGUGCAGCCAUCAAGAGUCUGGAGCAUCUCGCUUUAAUUCUGAUCGAGAAGUUUCUCCCCAGUCCCGAUGAUGCUGAGACAUUUGACACAAAACUGUGGGAGUACUUCUUCACAACCUUGCUCAAGGUCAUUACCAGCGAUGUCCUUGCCCUUGAAACUUUCCCGGAACAGAAACGUCGAGCUGUGUGGAAGAUCGCAGGAGAUGUACGUGAGCAAGGCGCGGAUCUUUUGGAUUCCACAUGGGAAGCCAUCGGCUGGGAGACUACCGACGAGGAGUUUGGCCUAUACGGCUUGAAGCGGAUGGGUGGAUACCAGGUUCAAUACGUUCCUAACCUGGUGCCACCAAUCAUCGGACUCUGUCUGAGUGUACAUGAAGGACUCCGCCACGUUGCUGUCCACAUCCUUCGAACCAUGAUCUUGAGUGAGUGGGACCUGAAUCAAGAUGUUUCAAUCAUUGAAACCGAGAUUAUCUCAAGUCUGGACUCUCUGUUCAAAUCGAAGCACAUGAAUGAGAGUGUUAGCCAAAAGAUCUUCAUCAGUGAACUCCUCGGUCUAUUUGAGCAUACGGCUGAAUCCGAUGAGGGUCUAUACAAUGCCGUGAAGGAUCUCAUUUCCACAGUGGAUGAACUGCUAGACCUUUUGAUUGCAUCCCAGAACAGCGCUUCAACUCAGAGCCUGCACGCCCUGAAGCUCAUGGAAUACAUGAAGGAUAUGGGUCGCGAGGAUAUCUUCAUUCGUUACGUCCACGAGCUAGCUGAUCAUCAAAUUGCUGCUGGCAACUUCACCGAAGCUGGCCUGGCGCUUCAGUUCCAUGCCGACCUCUAUGAUUGGGAUCUGAACAAGGCCCUGCCAGAGAUUGGAAAUCCAGCCUUCCCAGCACAGACUGCGUUUGAACGCAAAGAAGCACUAUACUUCUCCAUCAUUCAGCACUUUGAGAAUGCCAUGGCUUGGGCACCUGCUCUCGCCUGCUACAAGGAGCUUGCUGCUCACUACGAAGCUACCACGAUGGACUUUGCCAAGUUAUCCCGCGCUCAGAGUUCCAUCGCUCGAAUCUACGACUACAUUGCCAAGGGUACCAAGCAGUUCCCCCGGUACUACCGUAUCACCUACAAGGGUCUUGGAUUUCCACCUGGUGUGCGCGACAAGGAGUUCAUCUUUGAAGGCUCGCCGUCCGAGCGCAUGGCAUCGUUCGUCGACCGAAUGCAGCGUGAACAUCCUACGGCACAAAUCGUAUCUUCUGGUGAAAUCAAUGACUAUGAAGGGCAGUAUAUCCAGAUCAGCGGAGUCAGUGUUCAUCGCGAUAUCGCCCAUCCCGUGUAUCAGCGAUCCAAGGUGCCGUUAUCUGUUCGCGAACACAUGUUAAUGUCCGAGCCGUCCCGUUUCUCUACCACCUCUCGCAGACAUACGAGUGACAAAGAUGUUCGUGAGCAGUAUGUUGAGAAACUUAUUCUCACCACUGCGGACACAUUCCCAAACAUCCUUCGCCGGAGUGAGAUUGUGUCUGCGCAGGAGAUUGAUCUCUCUCCUUUGCAGACCGCCAUAGAGAGAACAUGUCGUAAGACACAGGAAUUGCAGAUCCUGGAGCGACGGUCAACUUCUGGCGAAGAUAACAGCUUGUCCAGCUUGACCGAAGCUAUAGAACAACUACUCGAGUCGUCUAAUUGCGGGCUUUACCGCAGCUUCCUUGUCGAUGCCCAAGGUACCAAGGACAAACUAGUUGAGGAUACAGAGGAGGACCUGACCGAUGAGGAGGAAGCGCCGAAGCCCUUGAGCCCAAUGGAGAACGCUCUAGCUGUUGCACUAACUGACCAUGCUCUGGCCAUAAGGCAUGCGAUCUCCAUCUACCAAAGGCCUGCUCAGCAAGCCACCCAAAAGCAGCUGCUUCGGCGUUUUGAAUCGGUUUUCGAGCCAGAAAUAGCCGCCUUCGGCUCGUCUACGUCUGAACAAUCUAUCACACCUACUCAGCAGACCCAUAAUCGCCGGUCACCCACAAAGACUGAUCGACUCAAACAGCGUCCCAGCGUUUCUAAGCGGUCUUUCAGCUCCGAGCAGGCAGUGAGUCGCACGACGACGCAGACUAAUGGCCACACGCGUAAACGCUCUGAUAGACAGUCAGUCAGCCACCGCAUCAGCAUCAUGAACCCGUUCAAGCGUCAUGGUGCCUCGAACUCCGUUUUCACUAUCCAACCAACGGGCCACAAUGGCUUUGGUGACCACGACGAUGGGCUGGAAGAUGACGCUGCAACCAUCCACAGUCGGACAACUGAUCGUUCCAGAGGUGGCACGAAUGAUAAACGACGCAGCUUCUUCGGUGGUGCCAAGCAUGGCUCUUCGCAUUCCAUCAGCGGUAUAGCCGAUGAUGUGAAAAACAAAUUAACUCGCACCGCAUCUCGUGACACGACCAGCCAAUCUCCUGAUCGCCGUGGUCGUAGCCGGGCAAGUUCACAACAGCGUCCCCCUACUUCCAACGGUGCCUCAGCUCCUGCUAAUGGUGGCUGGUCAACGAUUCCUCGGGACUACUCUCGUCCAGUGACACGCGAUAGCAGCCACACCACUGGGCGUAAUCUUACUGGCGUCACUUCUCGCACAUCCAAUGGGACCUCACCCGCUCCUCCGGCUACUAAUUCCAACUCCAACAGCGGUGUCCGCGACUCCGUAUUCCGACGAUUCAGCAUUCUGAAGGUCGGCCGCAAAACUAGCCGAAUGGAUUUCAAGGCUAACGGUGUGCUUCCGGAGGAGUGA